AUGCCUUUUUCUAUAAAAGUGAAAGUUUCACUCGGAGAAUAUCUUAGUCAAAUUGUGUUUAGAACCCAACUGAACAAAGAAAGAAUAUUUCAUGUUAAUUUAGAAUUUAAUAAAUUCUUAUUUCAUAAAAAGAUACUCGGUGUAGACAUGAUCCGUCCUUGGGGUUGUGUGCAACGGUAUUGUUGUAAUUUAACAAGAUAUCGUAAUAAACUUAAAAAAGAACUCUCAACAAUUCCAUUCGUCGAUCCUUCAAAUGUCAAUGAAAUACAGGAUCGUUUAUAUGCUCUUUAA